AUGCCGCAGCUGAACGGCGGUGGAGGGGACGAUCUGGGAGCGACCGACGAGAUGAUCUCCUUCAAAGACGAGGGCGAGCAAGAGGAGAAGAUCUCGGAGAUCUCUUCGGCGGAGAGGGAUCUAGCAGAUGUCAAAUCUUCUCUCGUAAACGAAUCAGAAACGAACCAGAACAGCUCGUCGGAUUCGGAGGCGGAAAGACGGCCUCCGCCUAGGUCGGAAACUUUCAGGGACAAAACACGGGAAAGUUUAGAGGAGGCUGCGAAAAGGCAAGAUGGAGGGCUGUUCAAGAGCCCACCGUACCCGGGCUACCCCUUUAUAAUGAUCCCGGAUCUUACGGGCCCGUACCUGCCGAACGGAUCGCUGUCCCCGACGGCGCGCACAUACCUGCAGAUGAAAUGGCCCUUGCUAGAUGUUCAAGCAGGAAGUCUGCAGAGCAGACAAGCACUUAAAGAUGCCAGGUCUCCAUCUCCUGCACACAUUGUUGCCCCCCUCUGCUUGGAAUUCCCCGGACAGGGAGAUCUGAGCCUUCACCAAUUUCAGUUGUCGAAUAAGGUCCCAGUGGUGCAGCACCCCCACCACGUCCACCCAUUGACGCCCCUGAUCACCUACAGCAAUGAGCACUUCACGCCCGGAAACCCGCCUCCCCACCUACAGACAGACGUGGACCCCAAAACAGGAAUCCCGAGACCCCCACACCCCUCUGACAUUUCUCCAUACUACCCGCUGUCCCCUGGGGCCGUGGGGCAGAUUCCCCAUCCGCUAGGAUGGUUAGUACCACAGCAAGGUCAGCCGGUCUACCCCAUCACCACGGGCGGAUUCAGGCACCCCUACCCCACGGCCCUCACCGUCAACGCCUCCAUGUCCAGGUUCCCGCCCCACAUGGUGCCCCCCCACCACAGCCUGCACACCACGGGCAUUCCACACCCUGCCAUCGUCACACCCAACGUCAAGCAGGAGUCCUCACACAGUGACAUCGGGGGCCUCAACAACUCGAAACAUCAGGACUCCAAAAAGGAGGAGGAGAAGAAGAAGCAGCCUCACAUCAAGAAGCCACUGAAUGCCUUCAUGCUCUACAUGAAGGAGAUGCGGGCCAAGGUGGUGGCUGAGUGUACGCUGAAGGAGAGCGCCGCCAUCAACCAGAUCCUGGGCCGCAGGUGGCAUGCUCUGUCCAGGGAAGAGCAGGCAAAAUACUACGAGCUGGCCCGCAAGGAGAGGCAGCUCCACAUGCAGCUCUACCCAGGCUGGUCGGCGCGGGACAACUAUACUGAUAAACAACAGGGCAAAAAAAAGAAGAGGAAACGGGAAAAGCAGGCAGGGGACGGCAGCGAACACAGAGAAUAUUUUCCAAACCCUUGCCUUUCCCUUCCACCGAUUACAGACCUGAGUGCCCCUAAGAAAUGCCGAGCACGCUUUGGCCUCGAUCAGCAGAGUAACUGGUGCGGGCCCUGCAGAUGCAAAUACCCCAAAGAAGUGUCGUGCCUUGUUCGGGCUUGACCGGCUGAAUUUAUGGUGCAAACCAUGCAGGUAUUCUCACUAACAUAGAGCCUUGGUGAAGUAUGAAGAUGGUGCUCGUGAUGGUGGUGGUGAAGAUGGUGUUGAUGAUGAUGAUGAUGAUGCCCUUCCUCUGCUACCUUCAGAAUGUCCCUGCUUUUCUGACCCUGAUAUCUUGUCUGGCCCCCUCCCUGCCUUCUUACUGAGGGACACCCCCCCAUUUAUUAUAUUCUAGUUAGCUGGGGGUCCGUGUGGCUUUGGAUUCAGUCGUAUUACUGAAUUAGUGGGUAACCUCCAUUUUAACUUCUGUGUUAAGAGAUUUAGCCGUUGGCUUGUUUUCAUGGAAUAAUCAGGGACAAACUGACCAGCAAGUGCCAGGAGCUGGGAUUAGAGGGAGUGGCCAGGUACAUGGUGGAUGGAUGGAUGGAUGUUCAUGGAAGUUUUACUUGCACAAAAAUGCUCUGAGGGCAGAAAGAAAAAUGACUGGUUCAGGGAGAUAACCAAUCAGAUUGCCGAGGAGGUGGGACAAACCAAUUAGAUGUCUUUGUCCCCACCCCUGUAGUUGCUUGGACCCACCUCCUCUACAAUCUGACUGGUUAUAUCUCUGAACCAAUCAUUUCUCCUUCUGCCCUCAGAGCAAUUUUUGUGCAAGUAAAACUCGCAUAAGCUGCAUGGAUGGAUGGAUUGCUCUAAACAGUAAGGUAAUUUUAUGUUGGGUAAUACAACGCCAUAGCUGUAUAUGUUAGUUACACAUUGGUGCAAACAGGAAUGGUUCCUGUCAUAUACAAUAUCUAUGUAAAAGGCAUAAAACCAUGUUGUUGCGUGUGUGCAUGCGUGUGCGUAUGUGCACAUGUGCGGCUUUGCGGUUACUACAUCGUGGGGACCAAACGUCCCCACAAUGUGGUAAGACCUGUUACUUCUUAGCUUGUGGGGACAUUUUUUAGGUGUCCAAAAAUAUGAGCUCAAUUUUAUAAGAAUUUGUGAAUGCAAUUCAAAAACUAAAACAACCAAAAUUUGGUUUGGAUACUUAUGGUUCAAGCUGGGUUAGGGUUAGUGUUAGGGUUAGAGUCAUGCCUAUAAAAUGGAGAGUCCCCACAAUGAUAGGAAUAUAUGAAAUGUGUGUGUCUGUCUGUGUUGCGUGUGUCUAUGUGUGUGUGUGUGCGUGCGUGUGUGUAUUUCUCUGUGUGUCUGUGUCUGUGUGUGUGUAUGUGUGUUUGUGUGUCUGUGUGUGCGUGUGAGAAGUAGCUGAAUGAGUCACAAUGGGGAUGCCAGCAGCUCACUCAGAUGUACUGCAGGCUCGCGGCCCCUGCGGGGCGCCUUUGCUCCCGCCGGCCGCCGUAGCUCCGCGGCUCAGUGUUUGGCUGCAGGGCGGGUCGUCGCCGCUGCUGCUCGCUCUAUUCACUCCUCUGCCUCUCUCUGAUAACCUUACUUAGUCCCAACCUGUUGUUUUUCUGUUCUGACACAAGCAGUCUUUGAAUUGGGAAUGUUUUCAUGGUAGGUAUUUGUUUCUGCUAAGUAAUACCCCCCUGUGUGUCGCCUGCUCCCAUGACCGUGAGUCGCUGCAGUGAGCCUCAUGCAUGCCGCCAUCGUGCUGUGUCCUCAUAGUCUGUCUCCUGUAGAAGCUGUUUUCUUUUUUUUCCUUUUCAACGUGCCACAACUUCUUUUGUUCUGAAGGUUUUCUGUUCUUCUUGCUGAACGCACAAUCCAGUGAGCUAGCCUGCCAGUCAGCUGCAGCCUCUGUGCCGCCUUGUUUGGGUGAAGCACUGUUACAUGAUAGUAAAGACCCAUCGGGUAGAGCAUGAUUACUGGGUUUCUGGAAUUUGAGCAGCGCCCCCUAGGUGCCAUGGUGCCCCAGCUUCCAGUCUACCACUCCCCAGAGGACUGGGAGCAAGGUGUUGGACCUGUGCACGUUAACUGAAGUGCUUCCCGUAGUUCCCAGAAGAGCACGCUGGCUAUUCCGAUGUCUGCAUUUGCAGAAAUCCCCCUGGCUGCACGUCUCUUGGGGCUGCGGGUGGCCGCCCUCUGCUUUACCUGCUCCUUUGACCAGGACGUCGCCCCUCACUCUUACACCAGCCUCUGCAAACAACUGCAGGCAUGUGGGGAAAUUCAGUCCACAUGCAGAUACUUUUCUGCCGGCCGCGUUCAGAAUGCUCUGACGUCUCUAAAGAAAGCUUUUCGGCGGCGAGAGUGGGCCCGACUCGGCGUGGGUCAUUCACUCCGGCUGCUUGUUUAAAAUGCCCCCCCUGGCAGCUGGCUGCCUUCUCGAGGUCAGGUCGCCCCAGAGAGGCGCUGGCCACCGUUUAGUUAGUGCUCUCUAGCGCUCCCUGUGGAGUUUGCCGACCGCUUGCACGAGGUUACCCUGAAAAGAUACCUCUGGCUGUGCUUCCUGCGAGACCACGGGAUCGAUGUGCUGCACGGAAAGAUGCCAGGGAUCGAUACACCUUUUUAAAAAUGGAUAUUACCUUAUUUACUGCGUUUGACAGGCAGUUAUGCUGCUGUCUGUGGAAGCAGCCGGUGCUGGGCUCUUUCUAAGCUCUCUGUUUUAAAGCUGCCCCAACAAGUCCUUUCCCCUGCUUUCCACGCACUCUAUUCUUUAACGAUCCUUCCCCCUUCAUUUUCGUUCUUUAUCUCCACUCCCGCCAUUAUUACGCUGCUGCCUUACUCCCUGUUCCCGGACACUGCAUGAAAUCUCCCACCUGCAUGAUCCCCAUAUAUGCUGUGCUUGUGUGCUUCCCGCCACAUUGCCUCUCUGUGUCUGUGUGUCCUCCCUUCCCUGUGAACCCCGAGAUCACUCUCUCUCUCACUCUCUCUGUCUGUCUUCUCCUCCCUGUGAACCCUCUGAUCACUCGCUCCUUCUCUCUGUCUGUCUUCUCCUCUCUUUCUUUGUCUGAGACCUAAACCCACACACUUGCAGGCAGGCAGGGGUAUGACUUGAGAAACGAUCCUUACCCAAGCUGCAUAUAACCAACCAGCCAAUCACUAUUUGUCCUUAUCCAAACUGCUCAGAACCGGCCAAUCACGGUUCAGUCUUCUCUGAGCUGCGUAUGACCAGCCAAUCACGAUUCGUUCAUAGCAAUCAGUCACUCUCCUUGUGGAUGCAGUUGUAAAAAAAAAAAAGAGGUGGCUGUUAUCAUCCAGUCUGAGUCCUCCUUACUUCCUUGCUGCCCCUGGGGGUGAAUGACCUGGGUGGGAAAUGCUGAGCAGGUCUUGUGAGGGCCUGGUGGGUGGGGCUCUCCUGUUUGAGUGACAGCUGCGGGAGGCCCCCUGUAGGGGGGCUGACUCUGUGCUGUGUGAUGCCCCCUGCAGGUGUGCGCUUGUAGAGCGUCUCUCUUCGGACCAGCUCAGCUGACAGCUGCACUCCUCCCCAGACAGCUGGACACCCCCUUCCCCUUUCUGACAGGCAUCGGGACUCUGUCCUGCUGCCCUUGGCCGCUCCCUCUUCCUCCUCCUCUUCUUCCUCACUCUGCGUGCCGUCCUCUCCUCCCCUCCCCUCCCACUCAUUCUGUCGCUCCCACUCUCCCGCCUGAUUGGCUGUGGCCAGCGGCAGGGUAGGCCCGAGGGUGUCAUUCCUGCCUCGGACACCCGGAAUGUGGAGCUGGGCGCCGCCCCUCCCAGCCAAUCAGACGGCCUUUACGUUGACGGUUUUGUGUCGUUGCCCCUCAGUUUGCUGAUGGCUGAUAUUAUUGCCCCCCCACACUUUCAGGAGGAAAAAGAAGUGCAUUCGCUACAUACAAGGUGAAGGCAGCUGCGCAAGCCCCCCCUCCUCGGACGGAAGCUUACUGGACUCCCCUCCCUCCUCCCCCUCCCUCAUCGCCUCC